CCUGCCGCUGGAUCCAAUGCUGGGCUUCUGUCUUCUCCUCCUAGGACGCAGGACACAAAGACAACUUCACUCCGAUUUCUACGCAGCAGCUGGGGAUUUAUUUUCGUUUUUCACCUUCGCUCGCCGGGGAUGGUUAUUGUCGCUUUGACGCGGCUUUUUCCUCUUUGGAAUUAACGCAGCGGAGGAGAAAUGAAAGUGACGGUGUGUUUCGGGAGGACCCGGGUGGUCGUUCCGUGUGGAGAUGGGAAUAUAAAAGUCCACAGUCUUGUGGAGAAAGCUGCCAUGAGGUAUAAGAAGGCGAUCGCAAAGGACUCCAGCUACUGGGUUCAGGUGCACAGGUUGGAACAUGGAGAUGGAGGCAUCCUGGACCAGGAUGAUGUGUUGUGUGACGUAGCGGACGACAAAGAUAGGCUGGUAGCAGUAUAUGAAGAGCAGGAUCCUCACAACGGAGGUGACGGUACGAGUGCCAGCUCCACAGGAACACAGAGCCCCGAACCCUUCGCCAGUGAGCUGAGUUCAGCGUCAGCCUUCCAGCCCUACCAGCCCAACAGUGAGAUCGAGGUCACCCCAUCCUCCCUGCUAUCAACAGACAUGCCUCUCCACGUCCGUCGCAGCAGCGAUCCCUCCCUGGCUGCCCUUGCUUUGGGCGAAGUCCCGGUUGGUCCAGAAGAACCGUCCAGAAAGAACCCAACUCGCUGGUCCACAACUGCUGGCUUCCAAAAGUAUAACAACAAACCAAACACAAGCACCGGCGUUGGCACUGGCACUAGCAGUCUAGAAAGAAAGGGUAGAGGAGGCCAUGCCUACCGGAGUCUUCCUCGAGAUACGAGUGGCUGGACCACUCAGUUCCAGAGAGAGAUGACGCGAUCCUCGCUGAGCGCCAACCAUCCCAUGGUGGACCGCUGGCUCGACAGACAAGAGCAGGAGGAAGAGGAAGAAGAGCGAAGGAAACAAGAACGGAGAAUUGAGCGGAUAGAGCCAGUAGGGAGGGCCGACUCCUCGUUGGAACAUUCACCUUUUUUAUGUCUAGAAGGCAUGCUCAAGCCGGUCGAGGUGUCCAACGGAGGAGGGCCCCUGGGGAUCCACGUAGUGCCUUUCAGUUCGCAGGAUGUCAGGACUCAGGGCUUGCUAGUCAAGCGCCUGGAGCACGGAGGCAAAGCAGAACAGGAGCGUCUCUUCCAGGAGAACGACUGUAUUGUUAAGAUAAAUCAGGGAGACAUACGCAACCUACGUUUUGAACAAGCCCAGAACAUUUUCAGGCAGGCGAUGCGUUCCCCACUCAUCCUCUUCCAUGUGGUCCCCGCCGCCAUGAAGAGGCAAUACGAGCUGCUGUCAGUCCAGAGCGAGCUCAGCCCGCCACAGCCCCAUAGGGUCCGCUUCAGCCAAGACUCUGAGCAGUCAGGGGACCGAUCCAGUCUUGUGGGGGGGCUGGCAUCCAGGUCUGGACCCCUACCAGGCCUCAACCACAACCAUCAGCCCCCUCUGGCAGGAAGCACCCCAGAACUGAGUCGACGGUACGCCACCUUACCUCACAACUUGGUCUCCAGGACCUCCUCGGCCCCCUCUCCCUCCCUGCAGCGCAGGGUGAGCGCAAAUAACUCCACCAGCUCCUACCGAAAGAAAAAAGGCCGCAAAUUCAGCAUGCAGCUGAAGAAAGGUCCAGAGGGUCUUGGGUUCAGCAUCACUUCCAGAGACGUCCCUGUUGGCGGCAGUGCUCCUAUUUACGUCAAAAACAUCCUCCCUCGAGGGGCCGCUAUCCAAGAUGGCCGAUUGAAAGCUGGAGACCGGCUUCUGGAGGUCAGUGGAGUGGAUCUGAAUGGUAAAACCCAGGAGGAGGUGGUAGCUCUGCUCCGAGCCACACCUAUGGGUGGGACUGUGAACCUGUCAGUGAUUCGCCAAGAGGACUGCCUGCUGCCCCGAGAAGUGCAACAAGAAGAAGAUGACAUGGUGUUAACCCCUGAUGGUACCAGAGAGUUCAUGACCUUUGAGAUCCCGCUGAAUGAGUCAGGCUCUGCUGGCCUGGGGGUCAGCGUCAAGGGUAAUAGGGACAAGGAGAGCCACGCAGACUUGGGCAUCUUUGUCAAAUCCAUCAUCAACGGAGGUGCUGCUAGCAAGGACGGACGUCUGCAUGUUAAUGACCAACUCAUCGCUAUCAACGGGGAGUCGUUGCUAGGGAAGACCAACCAGGAAUCCAUGGAAACGCUGCGCAAAUCCAUGUCGGUAGAGGGCAACAAGCGAGGGAUGAUCCAGCUCAUCGUGGCCCGACGGGUGACCAAACACGAUGAGGAAGCUCCUGGAAGCCCUCCGGUGUUGGAACACCCUGUCAGCUCUCUACUGGACAACCACGAGCGCCGGAUCUCCCAUUCUCUAUACGAAACCAUCGAGGGCUUCGACAACUCCACGCCACGGACUAACGUGAUCGGACGCAUCGGUAACUACCAGCUCUCUCCUACUGUGAACAUGCCUCAGGACGACAUAGUGAUGAUCGAGGACGACAGACCGCCCCUGCUUCCGGCCCACCUUUCCGACCAAUCGUCCUCCAGUUCCCACGAUGACAUGGGCUUUGUCGGAGAAAACCCCGUGACCUGGAUCCAUGAUCUUCCCGGUCAGAAUGAAUGCUCACUCAGUGCAGACGUUGACGCCGACGGCAGCUUCCAGAGGGAGGGCUUCGGCCGCCAGAGUAUGUCAGAAAAGCGCACCAAGCAGUAUGAGAGUCCCGCUCACCUGGAUAUCGUCAAGACACGCAAGUCUAAGAGCAUGGAUCUAGAGCAAGAGGUCGGACCCUCGCUGGGUCUGAAAAAGUCCAGUUCCCUCGAAAGCCUCCAGACGGCCGUCGCCGAGGUGACGCUGAACGGUGAGGUCAACGUCCACAGGACGCGCUCUCGGAUCGUCAGGGGCCGCGGCUGCAAUGAGAGUUUCCGAGCUGCGAUCGACAAGUCGUACGAGAAACCUGGUGUCACCGCAGCGGAGGAGGAGAACAGCAUGGAGACAGUGGACGAGGACACAGAGGGAAGUUCCCGAUCAGGUCGCGAGUCCAUGUCUACCAGCGGCGACCUCAUCGUGGGCCCCGGGCUGAACGGCAGCCUCUCCAAAGACGACAGAGGGAGCGAGCGGGAUAAGAGCGGCGGGAAGGAAAAGAAGAAACCUGAAAGGGACAAAGAGAAAGACAAGGACAAGAACAAAGCCAAGAAAGGCGUGCUGAAGGGCCUGGGCGAAAUGUUCAGGUUUGGAAAGCACCGGAGGGAUGAGCGGCCAGGAGACAGGAUGGAGAGGAAGGCUUCCAGUAAAUCUAAAGCUGAGGACAUGCAGGCGUCAGAGGAGGAGACCCAGCGGAUGAGGCUGGAACAAGAGAGAAUACAGGCCAAGAUGCGGGAGCUCAGGGAGAGGCAGGCAAAGGAGAGGGAAUAUGCUGAGAUCCAAGACGUCGUCAGCCGCACCUUCAGCUCAGAUGAAGAGCACACCUACGCUGGGAUUGGAUCAUUAGACUCAUCGUUGGACAGCAAUAGCAUGGAUCCAUACGGCAGUCACCACCACUACCACCUCCCUCAGACUCCCCAGAGCCCUCCACUUUCCCUGAGUCUUCAAGACAACGGUCCGCCCCUAGAGGCUCUGUAUGCCCAGGUCAACAAGCCGCGCAACGGACGCCCUGCAGCUCCAGACAGCAGUCAGAUGGCUCCCAGUAACCACGACCGGAUACAGAGGCUGAGGCACGAGUUCCAGCAGGCCAGGCAGGAGGACGACGUUGAUGAUCAUCAGCACACCUACAGUUUAGAGCAGUCCUGGGCCAACAACGGGACGGAGACAGCGAGCGGACGCCAUUCGGUAACGGUGGAGGCUCAGGUCCAGAAACAGCAGCAAGACGACAGAGACGGUUUCCAACAAGCACAGAGACAGUACAGCUCCCUUCCACGGCAACCUCGCAAGAACCCCAGCACGGCUUCAGAAGACUCAUGGGACAAGGUGUAUCUGCCAGGAGAGAGCUUCCAGGCUCCUAAGGAAAACCCUCGCCAUUCCGGAAGCCAAGGAUCAAGAAACGGCUACUUGGGAACGUCCAGCUUUAACGCCCGUGUCCUCUUAGAGACUCAGGAGCUGCUCAGGCAGGAGCAGAGGCGCAGAGAGCAGGAGGCCAACAAGGGAAGACCGCUCCCUACAAUCGAAACCCCAAGCAGCAGCAGCAGCACCUCCAACGCCACUUACGACCACACUCAGGCUCCGAGCUCCGCCCCUGUUCAGCCCCCACCUCAAACCAAGGGCCCCUACAGACAGGACGUACCCCCGUCUCCUUCCCAGCUUGCCAAGCUGAGCCGGCUUCACGGUUCAGAGAAAGGGAGGCUGUUUUACUCCUGAGAGAGUGACGAGGAGCUGGAGAGAGGAUUUCUGUUGGAGAUUAACAGGGAAAUACAUAAAGAAAGUCUGUUUUUUUAAGAAAAUGCUGAGAUACAAAGAUUUUUAUGGGAUUUGUUGAUAUAAAAUGUUAAUAUUUAAAAAGAAAAAAAGAUUUUUAACGAUAUGAAUCAUGAUCCUUUUUUUUUUUACCCUUAUCAAAAAAAGGAAAGGUUUGAGAUGUUUAUUAUUUAGCAUCUAUGUGUAUAAGUGCCUUCUAUUCUAUUGAUUGUUCUCAUAUUAUAAGCAGCAACCCACCUUUUUUUUGUUUUUUCAAUCCUGAUGUGCAGCUCUGACCCCUCCGUCUGACACAUUCCACACAGCCGACAUCACAGCAGAAGGCCAAACAUUUUCAGGCUGCUGCUGCAUCAUCGACACAUCUGCCAGAGUCUGACCUAAACAUCAUGAGCCCGAGCACAAGACACGACCCACGCAUGUUUUUUUUGGGAGAAUUUUGCUAUUCGUUGGGACUUUGUCAAGCACUAUGUGUUCAUAUGAGUGUGUGUGUGUAUGUGUGAGAGCAUGCAGGAGAGUGUGGAGGUUAAGCAGCUUGUGUGAACUGUGGAGUCAGAGCUCGGGGGUUUUUGGGCCUGACCGCUCGCCCCCCCCCCCUUCCUUUCUUUCAGUUCAGAGAAGCAUCCCUUUCAGUUCCAGAUCCUCAGAGUGUGCAUCAUCCUUCCCAAACCCUCUCUUGUAUUCAAUAUGAUAAUCCUAAAUUCUCUCUUCCCCUCUGCUGGCUGCUUUAUCUGCAUUUUUUCCUCUCUCUCUCUC